UUGGCAGAGGUAUGUCUUACCCUUCCUGUCAGCAAUGCAUGGCCUGAGAGAGGUGCUUCAGCAAUAAAAAGAUUAAAAACUCGACAAAGAUCAAAUUUGAAGAAUGACAUGCUUAGGUCUUUGCUUCAUAUAACAGUCAACGGGCCUGAUAGUAGUGACUGUCAUCAUGUGAUAGAAGAAGCAAUGAAAGAGUGGCUGUCCAAACCAAGAAGAAAGAUUGCUAAGUAUACAGACAAACAGAAAGAAGUUGCCAAACAUGUAACAGUAGAUAAUGCUUCUGUUCAAGUUGAGUCACAAUCUGAUUUGGAAAGAAUUCAUUCGGCAUAUAUGAAGACGCUGAAGAGGAUCUUCAAGAAGAUGUGA